AUGUCGGCGCAGAGCCUGUUGAGCAGCGUCUUCUCCUGCUCCUCCCCUGCCGCCGCCAAGAGCCUCUCCAAACGGAGGCUCCGCCAGACGCGUAGCCUGGACCCCGCCAUCAUCGGCGGAGGACGGGAGGACGGCAGCCGGGCGCCCCGGGCGCGGGCCGCUGGCAGCCCCCUGGGGGAGCGCCGCUACCCUCGGGGCGCCCCAACUCCCUACGGCGCCUCUUUCUCCACCCCUAGCACCCCGCUGGAGCGGUCGCCGCCGGGCAGCGCCGUCUUCGACGAAGAGAGCCCCCGCGGGAAGCGGAGCCCCGGCUGGGAGCUGCCCUUCCUGGCGCGCAGCCCCUCGGCCUCGGCGCUGAGCGGCCCCGCCGGCCCCGCCAACAGCAUCUUCUCCUCGCCCCGGCGCUGGCUGCAGCAGAGGAAGGGGCAGCCCUCGCCGCCCGGGCCUCGCCCCGCCGCCUACGUCGUGUGGAAAUCCGAGGUAGGCCCGCCCGCCCCCGGGGGACGGGCCCCCGCCGGGCCGCCUUCGCCCCCGGCCCACGCCGUCGACACCCGGCGGGGCAGCCCCUGGGAGUUCCGUAGCUGCCGGUGGCCGGGAUGA